AUGAUCUUCGCCGCCUCCCUACCCCUCGCCGCAUCCUCCUCGGUUAACCCGCCGACCACCGUUAUCUCCGCCCUCGUGCGGACCUUUGCCUCUGUCCUCGUACAGACCUUCGUCGCUGCCCUCUCUUCAGUUCUUGUACAGACCUCAGUCCCUGCAUUCGGGUAUACCCCUGCACCCUCCCUCGCCCUCACUCGAGGCCAGCCCUUCCCCUCGAGGAACCUAACCAUGUCCUUCGACCCCUCAACUUCUACCUCGCCCAUGGUUCUUUACACUAUGUUGCGUCACUUAGGGUCGACUGACAUCCACCAACUUGCUUCGCUUAUGCGACCAUCGAUACCCUCGCUCUCCGCGGAGACCACAGACACCAUCAUAAUGUUCACGAAUGCCGCACUCUUCCUUCUAGCCUGGACUAUAGCCUACCUUCUCAGUAGACUCUGCAUGCAGGCCAUGAAGGAACCACUCGCCGACCACAUCCCACCACUAAAGCCACCCCAGCGUACUCGCCGCCUACAAUGCCGCCUCCUCCGACGCUCCAUCCCUUGGCAACGACCGACAGGGAAUGACCCGGGCUGGUGUUUUUUGACACUAGCCUCCAUAACCUUCCGGCCGUACCUCACCGGGUUAGGAUUUUACCCAUCACCGGUUAAAGUCUUGAACACCCUCCACCAGCUAGGAGCCCCACUACGCCCCACACUCAUCACCCUCCACCGUGGCACAGACCAUGUCGAGGAUGGCUCCGGUCCCUAUACUGCCAGGCGACUACUACGGUCAAGACGGAUAGGUGCCAAACUCAAGAUUGGGCAACACCACCACCCCGGUGACUGUGAACCAUUCGAGAUACCGAUACUGCUGUUUAGGAACAAGGACAAUCUCCACGCCCUAGUCGACACAGGAGCCACCGGGUAUGGAUUUAUCGAUGCCUCGUUUGCCCACUCCCGCGGCUACAGCACCGAGCCGCUACCCACGCCUAGGCAGUUACAGGUAAUCGACGGCCGACCCAUCGCUUCCGGAGCUAUUACUCAUUCCUGCAAGCUCCGCCUCGAAGUAGGCGCCCAAGUGGAAGGGAUCUCCUUAUUUGUCACCCAACUAGGUGACACUAAGGUAGUACUGGGUCUCCCCUGGCUCCAACACCAUGCCGCCAAAAUUCAAUUUGCAGACCGAUCUAUCUCCUUCCACGCCGACCGAUGCCGACAACAUACCGCUGCCUUAUGGGCCUCCACCCUCGCUUCCUCUCCGCUGACUGCCGCCACCGCCACCCUGCCACCACCACCGAUACCUCCGAGAUCUACCGCCACCACCACCUUACCACCACCCCCGAUACCCCCAAGGCCUACCGCUCCUCGCCGUACCAUCGCUCUGUCGGCGGCCCGCUUCCAUAGGGAAGCACAACAGCCCGAAAACCACCUCUUCCUCCUGGCUGCUCGUCCCGCCGGUCCGAACCCAACGUCGUCCAACCCCACCGAAGAAUUGGUCCCUACCACCUACCACCAGUACCUCCACCUAUUCCAAGAGUCAGAGGCCCAAGCGCUCCCUAUCCAUCGGUAUAUCGACCACGAGAUCCCGUUGCAAGAAGGCAAGCAACCGCCAUUUGGCCCAUUAUACAGUAUGUCAUCAGAAGAGUUGAAGACCCUUCGGGAAUACCUUGACGACCAACUGACUCGAGGUUACAUAUGCUCUUCUUCCUCCCCCGCCGGAGCCCCCGUCCUAUUCAUCAAGAAAAAGGAUGGCUCCCUACGACUAUGUGUGGAUUAUCGCGCCCUCAAUGCCCUCACGGUCAAGAAUCGCUACCCACUGCCGCUGAUCAACGACACCCUGGAUAGACUCAAAGACACCAAGAUCUACACUAAGCUGGAUCUCCGCAAUGGAUACAACCAGAUAAGGAUAAAGGAAGGGGAGGAAUGGAAAACCGCUUUCCAGACCCGGUAUGGACUGUUCGAAUACUUGGUGAUGCCCUUCGGACUCACCAACGCACCCGCCACCUUCCAAGUGUUCAUGAACGACACCCUCCGGACCCACCUCGACGACUUCUGCACGGUGUACCUCGACGACAUCCUGAUCUGCUCGAACACGGAGGAGGAACACCAGCGACAUUUCAACACCAUCCUGGACAAACUACAAGCGGCGGGGCUCCACUGCAAGCCCGAGAAGUGCGAGUUCCACGUCGAUCGUACGGAGUACUUAGGGUACAUCAUAUCGGGCGAAGGGGUUACCAUGGCUACCGAUAAAACCAAGGCGAUACAGGAGUGGAAAACACCUACCUCGGUACACGACAUACAGGUCUUUUUGGGAUUCGCAAAUUUCUAUCGGAGAUUCAUCCGCGAUUACUCCAAAGUGGUAUCCCCGAUGACGAACAUACUAAAGAAGGACGCCCAGUUUGUAUGGACCCCCGCCGCGGACCACGCCUUCAACCAACUAAAAGAAGCUUUCACCACGGCACCAAUACUGAAGCAUUUCGACCCCGAACGGGCCUGUAUAUUGGAAACCGAUGCCUCUAAUUUUGUCGCGGCCGCCGUGCUCUCCCAGAAAGACGACCAAGGAAUCCUACACCCAGUGGCCUUCUACUCCCAUAAGAUGAUGUCAGCCGAAUGCAACUACGACAUUUCCGACAAGGAGCUGCUGGUGAUUGUCCGCGCGUUUGAGGAAUGGCGAAAGUACCUGGAACCGAGUAACCAGGAGAUCACGGUACACUGCGACCACAAGAACCUGGAACAUUUCAUGUCCACGAAGAUCCUUAACCGUCGCCAAAAUGGAAAACCUGAUGCCCUCACACGUCGAUCUGGAGAUCUCCCUAAGGAAGGGGAUGAAAGACUGACCCAACAGCAUCAGGUUAUACUCAAGCCAAAGAACCUCCGUCUAGCCGCCGCACUAGAGGUCCCCAGACCCGCCAAGGUAUCACCCGCCCGGCAAAAUGAACUGCAGGCUGCCUUAGCCAACGACCCGCUGUCCAAACAAUUGAUGAAGGACAUCAUCGCAAGGAAAAAACACUCUCGCUUCCUUCCCAUCGGGGAAUGCGCAAUCAAGGAUGGGUUACUGUACUAUCAGGGCCUACUAUAUAUCCCCGACGAUGCCACUAUCAAGCUGGAGAUCUUCCGCACCAACCACGACGCACCUCCGGCCGGACACCCGGGACGUGCCCGUACGCUGGAACUCCUGUCACGAAACUACUACUGGCCCCAAAUGCAAAAGUACGUUGCCCACUACGUGGACCACUACGACGCUUGCACCCGGAUCAAGCCGGCCCGAUAUGCCCCUUAUGGCCUCCUCAAACCUCUCGCUCCCCCAGUCAAACCCUGGUCCUCGUUGUCAAUGGACCAUAUCACCGGCCUACCAGAGUCACAAGGAUCCAACGCCAUUCUCGUAGUUGUCGAUCGACUCACCAAAAUGGCCCACUACAUCCCCACUAGAGAUACGGCGGACGCCCCCGAACUGGCCACUUAUUCUUACAACAACACUGUGCAACCAGCUGGAUAUCAAACCUCGAUUCAGUACCGCCUUCCACCCACAAACCGACGGACAGACCGAAGGAGUAAAUGCAAUCAUGGAACAAUACUUGCGGGAUACGUCAACUACCAACAGGACAACUGGGCAGAAUUUCUCCCGCUGGCAGAGUUCGCGCACAAUAAUGCCACCACGGAGCCCUUAAGGGUUAGUCCCUUCUUCGCCAACUACGGGUAUAAUCCACAACUAGACAUCCUGCCCACCGAAGAGAGACACGACGCCACGCCGAAGGAAGUAUUAGAGUUUGCCAACUUGAUCACCACCCUACAGACCGCAUUGCGAUCCGAGAUCCUGUACGCCCAAGCCACCGCUGCUGAUAGCGCCAACACCACCCGACUCCCCGAACCACGACUAGAAGUAGGGGAUUUGCUUCCCCCAUCGAUGAAGUCCCAUCCUGUAUUCCAAGUCUCCCUGCUAGAACCCGUCCGAAUGCAACCUCUUCCUGGCCAUAUACAACCACCUCCGCCGCCAGUAAUCGUCGAAAGGGAAGAGGAAUUUGAAGUGCAGGAGGUGCUAGACUCGCGGAUACGUCAUCGGCAAUUACAAUACCUGGUCAAAUGGACAGGCUAUGAACAACCCACCUGGGAACCUGCCCGGAACCUCGAUGCGGAGUUAGGAUCGCUGCAACGUUUUCACUCUCUGUACCCUACUAAACCCGCCUUAGUCCCUAAGAGGGCCUUACGGGGGAAAGUAUAA